AUGUGGCCUCAGCAGGAUGACAUACUCCUGCAAACCUCGGGCUUAAAGAAAAGGAAGAGAGACUUGUCUCAGGCGGAACUCCCUCACGUAUUCAACAACAUCAACAUCAUCCCGUCCCACCUACAUGCUCUCAACACUCCGUAUCACUUGGCAUAUACCGAUCCGCCGCGGCAUACCCGUCUACAAUUCUCACCAUUUGCACGCCAAUACCACCCAAAAUAG